AUGUAUUUCAAGACCCCACGUAAAUGCGGUUUGUUUGGAGUGUGUUGUGAGGCUAUACCAAGGCAAGUUAACUUUUUAAUCGAUGAAGGUGUACUUACGGGAAAAGGCGCAAACAGCACGAUAUCGUAGGACCACUACUUUUUUGAGCAGCAUGGACUUGGGGAAACAUUUGCGCAAAUUCACGCCGAUAACUGCGGGGCGCAAAAUAAAAACAACGCCUUCAAGUGGUAUUACCUUUGGAGAGUGAUGACCAGGCUUCACCACACAAUCGAGUACAACUUUUUAAUUGCAGGACAUACGAAAUUCGCACCAGAUUGGAGCUUCGGACUUGUCAAGCAAAGAACGAGGAAAACGUUUAUUUCAUCACUAUUUGAUAUAGCAAGGGAAGUCGAAGAUUCCGCGACAGUGAACACAGCCGAGUUGGCUGGAUUGCACAAUGGCACAGUACUGAUCCCAACGUACGAUUGGAUGAGUUACCUUGAUACAUUUUUCAAGAAGAUUCCGGAUCUGAAAACUUAUCAUCACUUCCGAUUUGAUAAAGCCUUCCCAGGAACAGUGUUUUGCAAACAAUAUUUUUCUUCUGAGGAAACAGCUAUUAACAUUAUUAAAACUGACAGGAACAUGCCGCAAGCGGGCCUUUUACCUCCUGUUAUUACACCUAAAGGCAUCAGCCAUGAAAGGGCCGAAUACCUGUUCAAAGAAAUUCGUGAGUUUUGUUAUCCAGGAACAGAAGACCAUUGA